CUGGGCGGGUUUGGGGCGGGGACAGAGGCUAGGACUCCGGAGCUAUCUAAACUUCCGGUGCCUGCAGCGCAGCAAGAGGCAGCAGCACUGUUGGAGAUUGCACAGGCAGAGGCUGCGGGGAGCAGGCGCGGGUCAGCGCAGCCAUGGUGAAGAUCAGUUUCCAGCCCGCCGUGGCGGGCAUCAAGGCCGAUAAGGCGGACAAGGCAGCGUCAUCUGCCCCGGCCUCGGCAUCUGCCCCGGCCGCGGAGAUCCUGCUGACGCCGGCGAGGGAGGAACGUGCCCCUCGCCAGCGCUCCAGGAAAGGGGGCUCCGUGGGUGGCGUAUGCUACCUGUCUAUGGGCAUGGUGGUACUGCUCAUGGGCCUUGUCUUUGCCUCCGUCUACAUCUACAGAUACUUCUUCCUUGCUCAGCUGGCCCGAGAUAACCUCUUCCACUGUGGCGUGCUCUACGAAGACUCCCUGUCCUCCCAGAUCCGGACUCGGAUGGAACUGGAGGAAGAUGUGAAAAUCUAUCUUGAGGAGAACUAUGAACGCAUCAAUGUCCCCGUGCCCCAGUUUGGUGGUGGGGACCCUGCAGACAUUAUCCAUGACUUCCAGCGGGGUCUCACUGCCUACCACGACAUCUCUCUGGACAAGUGCUACGUCAUCGAACUCAACACCACCAUUGUGCUACCCCCUCGAAACUUCUGGGAGCUCCUCAUGAAUGUGAAGAGAGGGACCUACCUCCCACAGACGUACAUCAUCCAGGAGGAGAUGGUGGUGACGGAGCUUGUCAGUGACAAGGAGGCUCUGGGCUCCUUCAUCUACCACCUGUGCAAUGGGAAAGACACAUACCGGCUGCGGCGCCGGGCCACCCGGAGGCGGAUCAACAAACGUGGGGCCAAGAACUGCAAUGCCAUCCGUCACUUUGAGAACACCUUCGUGGUGGAGACGCUCAUCUGUGGGGUGGUGUGAGGCCUUCCCUCCAGGCCCGCCCUGCCCUCUUCCUCCUCCUCCUGGCCACUCUCUGGCCCUCCUCCUCCCUUUGCUUAGCUUGUACCUUGGGCACUUUUUCAUAGAUGUGACAUGUCGCACUAUUCAUUCCAGUCCCACCCUCCUUCCUGUACCAGGGCCAUGAUCUCUCGAGGGGACCUCUGUGUCCGCUGGUCUUUCAGGUGUGAGGCAGGAGAGGAUAGUUGCCCAAAAUGGUUUCUGUAAUCGUUGUUUUAAUUCAGCUCCCCAGUGGCUGGGCCAAGGGGAAGGACUAAAAGGAGGGGCUGGAUAUGUGAAAGCCCGGGGCAGGGGCGAGAGCAUGGAUGAGGCUUGGCAUGGGGUUCAGAAAUACCACCCCCACAUUUGGGCAAGUCCCCAAAGACUUUUCAUGCACAGCACAUUUCCUAUGUUCUCCUGGUUCUUAGGCCUAAGUGUGGACUAAGGUGGGGAAAUGUGUCCUGGGUUGGACCCAUCAGAGCACAAGAGCAGGUGGGUAUCCUGGGCUCUCCUGGGGAUUCAUGUCAGUGCCUUCAUCCGCCGGCAGGAGCCUGGAGUUUGAGGGUAGGAUGAGUCUGUUAAGCACAACUGUUCUGUGAAUGGAACCAAAGAAAUGAGGAGCUGGGCCGCCCUGGCCUGGCACCUAGGAACACAGGAGCAGGUGGGUACAGAAGUCAUGAGCUGUGGGUUGCAGGCCCUGGGCAGUGGGUGGAGCACAUGCCUUCCUCCAUGUCAGGGCUACUGGAAAAGAUGGAAGCGGGAAGGAGAGCCGCCUGGUACUUUCAUCCCUGCUUCCUGUUCCAUUCCAGAUCUAUCCCCACUGUCCAGGGGUGCGUGAUGUUUCUCCUUCUCCUUCUUUUGCAUGUUUUUACUGAUGUUCGUGCUGGCCGCCCUCAGCCCUGAGCCUGGGAGAGGCUUUGGCACCUCGGGUCAGACUUGGGCUCUCCAUGGUGGUGAAGUUCUCAAAUGCUUUGUAUAUUUUCUCUAUUAGAUCUCUUUUCAGAAGUGUCUGUAGAAAAUUAAAAAAAAAAAAAAAAAAAACAAAAAAACCUCAUACUUCUGACUUUGGCCCUGGUGUCGAGGCUAUGGCUAGUUAGGGGUAUCUUAUGGGUUGGAGUGCUCUGAGGACAAAGUAAUGGGGGUGGGGGACAGGAAGAAGCCAACAGACCUUGGAAUUCCCUGGGUCAGCAAGAGAGUGUGGGGUGUCCUCUCCCUUGCCUUCCUAAAUCCCUUGGACUAUGGCCUGAGCCAAGUCGUGCUCACAUUUGUAGCUGAAGUGCCAGAGAGCUUCAGGAAACCACUCAAGGUGAAGCUGCUUUUAAGUGCAGAUAAAGCACCCUGCUGCAUGGUUUGUGACAGAUGACAUCAUUAUUGCAUAUCCUGAGGCACAAGGACAAUGUCAUAUUUACCACAAUGCCUAGGAAAUUAGUGAUUGUUCUUGGUGGAUCAGAAAUAGUUACAGGGUCAAGUUCUCCAGGGAAGGAGGCAGAGAGGGCUGGCGAGGGCCUUCGUAAGUGGACACAGGCGGUAGAAUGGCAUGGCCCUGGGAUUGAGGGGGUCGGGGACAUGCAGACACACCUUAUCUGGACACAGGACCUCUUUGCACGAUUUGUUUUGCUUAUAUUCUAAAUAUAAUGCAAUCCACCACA